UGGGCAGUUUGGGCUGGUAAUAGCUAAAGGAUUUAAGUUUCUUUUUAAGUUGAUGAAAAUGCUCUAAAAUUCUGAUGAUAGUUGCACGUAUCUGUGAAUAUACUAAAAAUCACUGAAUAGUACACUUUAAAUAGGUAAAUCAUUUGGUGUGUGAGUUAUAUCUCAAUAGAACUGUUUUAAAAAGAUAAAACCAUGAGACUAUUUCAACAAUUGAGAUUUGGGAUUGAAGACCUAAACGUUAUUAUUUCCAGUCCCUGCAGCCAGCAAACUGGUGCUGCGCGGGAGAGCUUCGGUUUUCAGGAGUAAAAUACUCCAGCGCCGCACUGCCGCGGUUGGUCGGCGAGGGGCUGCGCCGCGUGUGAGAACGGUUCCGGGUCCGGCCCGGGUCCUGGGAGAGUCCCAGGUGCGGCCCAAACUUGGGGCGCCUCGGGUCACCGCGCGCCCCUCCUCCAGGCCUGAGUCACGGCGCCGCCGGAGUCCCCACGCGGAGAUGCUGCGGUGAGCGCGGCCGGACGCCGAGUCGGGCACUCGGCCGCCCUCGGGAAGCUAGGCCCGCAGCCGCGCGCUCCCGGCCGGCCGCCACGUCCGCCUACCCCGCACUGCUCCGGACGCCUCGGCGGGCGGCGGCGGCGGGCGUGCCCUGUGCUCGGAGCUCGCCACGCCUGCCCUCCAUGGCGUUUAUCCGGAAGAAGCGGCUGGAGCAGCAGCUGCAGCUCUACUCCAAGGAGAGGUUUUCCUUGCUGCUGCUCAACUUAGAGGAAUACUAUUUUGAACAGCAUGCAGCUCAUCAUAUUCAGCACAGGGGCAGCAACGAUGAAAGGAAAAUCAGAGGCUCCUUAAAAAUAUGUUCAAAAUCAGUGAUUUUUGAACCAGAUGCAAUAUCCCAGCCCAUUAUUAAGAUUCCUUUGAGAGAUUGUAUAAAAAUAGGAAAGCAUGGAGAAAACAUGGCCAAUAGACACCCUGCAAAGGCAAAAUGUGCAGGGAUUUCACUCAUUUUUAGUCAGGUGUAUUUCAUUAAAGAACAUAAUAUUGUUGCACCAUAUAAAAUAGAAAGGGGCAAAAUGGAAUAUGUCUUUGAAUUGGAUGUUUCAGGGAAGGUAGAAGAUGUGGUGGAGACAUUGCUUCAGCUUCACAGAGCCUCUUGUCUUGACAAACUUGGUGAUCAAACUGCCAUGAUAACAGCUAUCUUGCAGUCACGCUUGGCUAGGACAUCAUUUGACAAAAAUAGUUAUUUAUUUAUGUUUACAGAUUUAUCAAAUCCAGGAACCUUCAGGGACCUUAGUAAGCCAGUGGGAGCCCUAAAUAAGGAACGGCUGGAGAGACUACUGACUCGUUACCAGGAAAUGCCUGAGCCAAAAUUCAUGUAUGGAAGUCACUACUCUUCCCCAGGUUACGUGCUCUUUUACCUUGUUAGGAUCGCACCAGAGUAUAUGCUAUGCCUGCAGAAUGGAAGAUUUGAUAAUGCAGAUAGGAUGUUCAACAGUAUUGCAGAAACCUGGAAAAACUGUUUGGAUGGUGCAACAGAUUUUAAAGAAUUGAUUCCAGAGUUUUAUGGUGAUGAUGUCAGCUUUUUAGUCAAUAGUCUGAAGUUGAAUUUGGGAAAGAGACAAGGAGGGCAGAUGGUUGAUGAUGUUGAGCUUCCCCUGUGGGCCUCAAGUGCUGAGGACUUUCUCCAGAAGAGCAAGGAUGCACUGGAAAGCACUUAUGUAUCACAGCAUCUUCAUGAAUGGAUCGAUCUCGUAUUUGGCUACAAGCAGAAAGGGAAUGAUGCUGUUGGGGCCCAUAAUGUAUUUCAUCCCCUGACCUAUGAAGGAGGUGUAGAUUUAAACAGCAUUGAAGAUCCUGAUGAGAAAGUGGCCAUGCUAACCCAGAUCUUAGAAUUUGGGCAGACACCUAAACAGCUGUUUGUAACACCACAUCCUCAAAAGAUCACCUCCAAGUUUAAAAGUAUGUCCCAGACCUCCAGUUAUAAUGCUUCUAUAGCAGAGUCCCCAGUUUCUCCAGGUGAAGAGUCCUUUGAAGACUUGACUGAAGAAAGCAAAACGCUGGCGUGGAAUAACAUCACCAAGCUGAAGUUAUAUGAGCAGUAUAAAAUCCACAAAGAGGCAGUUACAGGGAUAGCAGUCUCUUGCGAUGGGUCUUCAGUCUUCACAACAUCACAAGAUUCCACCUUGAAGAUGUUUUCUAAAGAAUCCAAAAUGCUACAAAGAAGUAUAUCAUUUUCAAAUAUGGCUUUAUCGUCUUGUUUACUUUUACCAGGAGAUGCCACUGUCAUAAGUUCUUCUUGGGACAAUAAUGUCUAUUUUUAUUCCAUAGCAUUUGGAAGACGUCAAGACACAUUAAUGGGGCAUGAUGAUGCUGUUAGUCAGGUCCGUUGGCAUGGCAACAGGCUCUAUUCUGCAUCGUGGGACGCUACAGUGAAGGUGUGGUCUGGUGUCCCUGCAGAAAUGUCCGGCACCAAAAGACAGCAGUUUGAUUUGCUGGCUGAGCUAGAACAUGAUGUCAGUGUAGAUACAAUCAAUUUAAAUGCAGCAAGCACACUGCUGGCUUCAGGCACCAAAGAAGGCAUGGUGACUAUUUGGGACCUCACUACAGCCACCUUACUGCACCAGAUCCCAUGCCAUUCGGGGGCUGUAUGUGCUACUGCUUUCAGCCCAGAUAGUCGCCACAUUCUCAGCACAGGGGUGGACGGCUGUCUGAAUGUCAUCGAUGUGCAGACAGGAAUGCACAUCUCCUCCAUGGCAUCAGACCAGCCCCAGAGGUGCUUCAUCUGGGACGGAAAUUCUGUUCUGUCUGGAAGUGAAUCUGGUGAGCUGCUGGUCUGGGACCUCCUUGGAGCAAAAAUCAGUGAGAGAAUACAGGGCCACAGCGGUGCUGUGACAUGCAUAUGGAUGAAUGAACAGUGUAGCAGUGUCAUCACAGGCGGGGAAGACAGACAGAUUAUGUUCUGGAAAUUGCAGUAUUAAGUGCCUUUUCUUCUUUUGACUCUAUUAUAAUGUAUUUUUAAACCAAACUUUUAAGUGAACUGGUGAAUGUGCAAUGAUAGUAAUUAGAAGUUUUACCACAUGAAAAAUGUGUGGUUUUAAAUCAUGGUGAUUUCAUUGAAAGCCAUUAGUUGCCAUCUUCUAAAGCAGAUAAAACAUGGCAGUGUUAGGGAGAAAAUGUUACAUUUGCAAGGCAGAUAAUCAUCACAAUGUGGUGAUGGCUGGAAGACAGGACUGCGUAGCAAAGAGAAGCUAAGAGGAGAUACUAACCUGGACUGAGGGACACUGAAACACUGGAAAGCAGAGAAGAGUUUAGAAUUUUCCAAGAAAAUGUGCAGUAUCCUCUGCUGCUUGGGUCCCUCCUGUCUUCCCUAAUUUACCAGUUGCUGCCACUUGGUUUUUAGGUAUGUGUUUUCAUGGAGUGGAUACUUUACAUAAUGCUGUACCCAGAUUCUAAGAACCUGGGGAAGGAUUAGCAGUUCUUAUAACAGUGAAGGUCCUGGGCAUAGGAACAGUUUGUAUUUCAUUAAGCUAUUAAAUGCUCAUCUUUUUUACAUUAAAAUAUUUUUCUAUAAUAAAAACCAUUUUCAUUUUCUUAAAAAAUGUAUAACAAAGACUAGUAGUAACUUUUUUAAGAGUCACAAGUAUUGGUCCUUCUAGGAAACCAUACUUAGUGAUAGGAAUAUAGUUUUUGUCUUUCAGACCCAAGUCCAAAUACCAAGGUAGCUAGUCAAACUGGGAAAUGUUAAAUUUCAAACAAGGCACAGUAUACUGCGGAAGCACUGAAUUUCUCUCAUAUUUAACCUUUUGCUAUAUGCUUUAAAAGCACUGUUUUAUCUUGCAGGCAGAAUGACAUAAGAGAACAAAUCUGAUCAGUCUGAGGUUACAGAAGUUUUUCAGGUUUUCAAUCCACAGUCCUGAGGGAAGACUGCACCAUCACAUACCCCUUCCUGCUUCUCCAGAUGCUGGAGAGGACAGAGAAUGUUUUCUCAACAUCCUACAGGGAACAAUUCUCCAUCACGAACCACUGUGAAUAGUUUUCUAUUAAACAGAUGAAGUGUGGGCAGAGGGCAACUGCAGUCUGUACUCAGUUGUACUGCAAACUGCAACUAUGCCACCUUUUUAAAAUUUUUAAAAACUAGGCAUUGUCAAAAUUUAGCAAUGAUAUGCUGACUUUUAUCUCAUACUUGGAAAGUUGUGAGGGGUCAUCCUUUCUGAUCAAAUCCCCGAUUUAAAUUUUAAUUUAUUUAAAAUUUCUAGAUAAAUACCAGCAUCAUUCCUUAAGUAAAAAAAUAUGGGAAUUAGAGGAAAGUAUAGUGCUUAAAUUAAGUCAGAUGACCAUAUACAAUAAGUUGAAAAACUUGCCGUUUAGGGCCGGGGAUUUAGCUCAGUGGUUUUGCUGCCUGCUGCGCAAGCGCAAGGACCCAAGUUCGAUCCCCGGUACCAAAAAAAACACACACACAAAAAAACUUACCGUUUAAUAAUAUGUUCAAAGAUAAAAGCAGGCAUGAUUGUUAUGGUAACUACAGUCCCAGAUGUUGAAAGUAUGUCUGCUAUUUGAGAAUCCUGAUGAAAACAAUAAUGAAAAUGAAUUUCACUGAAGUUUUAUUUAAUAAACAUAAAACCCUUACUCUUGGUAAAGAAGUAUACACUAUACAUGUCAUUGUUUUGCUAUUAAGUCUCCAAAAUUCCGAACCUUGGUAGUUCCCAUUUCAUUCUACUUUUCCUUAUCAAGUUUAAUUCUACAGAAUACAAUUUUACAGCUAUUUAGAAAAGUACUAAGUAACUCAAGCUGAAUGUACUAGACCCAAUCAGUUCACUACUAAGAGUGAAUGGUUUUCCCCAUGUACAAUAAAAUAUAUCCUGUUAACUAUGUUUUCUAAAGUUUAUGAAAUAAGUCUUAAAACCUAUAGACCUUACGGUAGAUUUAAGAAUUUAUAGAGGAAAAUUAGAAAAAUAUAGAACUAGUGUGAUCCAAAAUUAUUACUCAUUUCCUACAUUCCUGGACUGAAAAAGUUGGACAACCAUUUAUUCACAAUGUCAUCAACAUUUUCACUGCUCAUGUUUACAGAGAAUUCUAGCUUAAAGGACUUUAGAGGUCACUUAGUCCAACUUCCUUGCUAUAGAAGGAAGAAUUCCAGAUAGCAUCCUCUCAUUUUCUACCAAGUUUCCAUAUUCUGUAGGUCAGUAUGAAAACAGCACCACCUAAAUGGUCAAAGAAGACAUUUUCUAAAAUAAAAUUCACAGUACAACCAGGCACAAGGUCUUUUCCUUACCUUCAAUCCAAUGACAUUCUGUCCGUUGAUUUCACAGAUGUUAUGUUCAGUGGGAAGACCAUUUCUGGCAGCAGAACUAUCUUUUACUAUGGAUGUUAUUUUUCCAUUUUUAAAGAUAAAACCAACAUGUCCAGUACUAUCCUUGUGCAUGGUAAUUGUCCGCUCAAAGGGCCUGUAAACAUGAGGUCCAAUUUAAAUUUUAAUUCCAAGGUUAUCAUUUCUGUGGACUUUAUAAACCAUAAAUUCUGCCAGAUUUAAGACUUUGUAAAAUAUUUAAUAACUUAUAGCUGUUAUUGUGCAUACACAGAAUGUCUUUGUGCAAAAUAUUUUCUCAAAUAUGAUUUGACCAACUAAUCAAGAUUUCCUUUAAUCAUCAGAGACAGCUGAACAUAAUUUUUCAUGCAGUUUAUUGAUAGGCUUUUUCUUUUAAAAUUCACCAUUCUUUUGCAUUAACAAUGAGAUAGGUUUUGAACUAAACCACAGAAGUAAAAUUGAAUUUUUAUUAACUUUUAGUGUUUCCUGGAGCCUAACUGUUCUUAGAAUAGUUUUUAAACUUAAAACCUUUAUAGUAUUUCUCACAUCUUGAUUUAAAAAUUUAUAGAAGGUGUCCUCCCCCCAUUAAGUAGAACUGUAGAAGCAGUUUCUCAAGCCCCACUUGGAAAGGAAGAUACAUUCCUACUGUAAAACAACAACCAACACCACAUCAGUUACACUGGAUCACUUAUCUUCAACUCAAUGUGUCAUAGUAUCAUAAGGGUUUGAGAAUCAACCUGUGUAAAAUUCAGAACAGUCGCAUCUUCUGUUGGUCCAACUUACUCUUGGAAAUGUUUAAAAGUUACAAAUGAACCAACUGGUAGAGAAAAUUUAAUCUUCUUUCUAACUAGUUUCAUAACCGCCAAACUUACGUAUUUGGUUUUCAAAACUAAACUUCAUGAUGGGCUCCAGCUCUUAAAAGUAGGACCCCGCAGCUACUUUGUUCUCUGAGAUAUUUCUAUUUUCUAGAGUGAUACAGGCAGAAAAGCACCUAAAGGACUAAUUACUGUAAUCUCUGAAAUAUUAUUUACAUGUAUAAUCAGAAUUAUAUUUUAAAAACUCAAACUAAGAAAAAUCUGUAGCACACAACUGCAAGACUGUAAGGCUCACUAGUAACAUUUGAUCAUUUUCUACAACAAAAUACUAUAUCCACAGAAUACUGUAAGCCCAAGAAAAUAGAAAACUAGCCUAGAAUUUCCAUUCUAAUUUUUCAAUAACAGCUUACCUGUCACGAAUGGUCAUGGUAAUCUUCUCUCCAAAA